CUAAUGCGAUGCGAGCUGGUUUCUGUUUGUUUUGAGCUUCGUUUUUUUUUUGCGUCAAAACGUGGUAAACACCAAGAUUGCGGUAAACAGGAAUUUUUGGUAUUUUAUUUAGAAUAUGUCCAUCCAACUGGGAAAAUUAUGUUCCUGCGUCGUGCAGCAGCACUUUGGAGAGGUCGUUCGAAUAGUUGCUGAUGAUUUGUUUGCGGCCGUAGCUAAGACUUUACCAAUGAUAGUGAAAAGCACCCAACUGUCGAAAUCAGAGGUUUGCCGUGCUCUGGCAAUUCUGUUGAAAUUUAGCCUGGCUCGUUUUCAGCUUAAUAAAGCCGGUACGGCAACGGAAUACACACUGGACUACGAGCGGGUUCUCAUGGUUCUACGCUAUCCACGAUACGUUCAUCUAAUUCAGACCAAGUAUGGGCAUGAAUCAGCAAUACUAACUGAGGAAUUGUUACGGGCUGGCUGCCAAACGGCUUCCUACAUUAUUCUCAAGGCGACCUCCAUUUCGGAUGUUAAAGAUAAAAACACUAUCACCACUUUGCGACAGAAAUUUGCUGAUAUGGUUUCGAUGAAUUAUUUUAUGAGGGCUCCUGAGCCAAAACCGAUAGAUUCGAAUAGUGAGCUGCUUAUGCUAGAUUGCGAGGACCCAAAAUUGUUUCAAAUGCCAGAACUAGAUCUACGAAAGUUGCUCGACUUGCAGGAAGGUAAGACCACAAUAGCUCCUGAUGAAGGAAUUCACUGGUUAGUUAAUUUGGAGAAGUUUCAUUUGGACUUUCGAGAUGCGAUUAUGAUAAAUGCCGUUGAAAGACUAAUCGAUGCUAAUGCCGCUGAGUGUUUGAGAUUCCUGCUACAGCUGAUGUACUCACGGACUAAACCCUGGGAAAUGGUUUCCAACCCAAUUCCAUUCGUUGAAUUAAAGCAGCUGUGCGAGAAAAAAUCCAGCAAUUUGGAGAUGAUUAAAUUUCUGGAUCAGUACGUGGCGGUAAUCGAGUCCGUUAAUUUUGUCAGCAAAUUCGGGGACAUGGGAGGAGGUCAGUACACGGUGAACAUGAAAAAAAUUCACGAGCAGCUGAUUUGGAGUUGCAUCGAGAACAUUAUCACGGAAAAGUAUGGCUCGAAAUCCGCUCGAAUUUUUCGGGUGAUUAGAAUGAAAAAAUACAUCGAACAGGAAGACAUCCAGAAGGAGGCGAUGGUUCCAGCUAAGGACGCGAAGCAGCUAACCUAUAAGCUGCUCGAGGAAAAUUUCCUACAGAUACAGGCUUUUCGCAAGCCGGGUGGCGGAAAUGCUGGUGCUCCGAAAUCAUUCUUUCUGUUUUACGUUAACCAAACACAAAUUGUGUCCAUGCUACUCGAGGUGUGCUACAAAUCACUGUAUAAUUCUAUAACUCGUUCAACGCAUGAUAAGUCUGUUAACAAGCGUUUGAUCGAGAAAAGCCAACGAUUGGAUAGCAUAGUGGAAGCGAUGAAGGAGCGUGGUGAAUCGGAAGAGUACAUUGCGGAAAUCCAGGAAACUUUGACCCCACCGGAAAAAGAGAUCUUGCAGAAGGUUAAGAUACGCGUAAAAAGCCUGUACAGCGCCGAAAUCGGUAUUGACGAAACAAUAUUUCUGCUUAAGUUGUAUCAACAGUAUCAGAAAAAAUAAAGUCUGCUUGAGCCUUCGAA